AUGUCACACUUCUACAACACCAAAUCCUUAGGAAAAGAAAGGACUCCGUCACCCGUGAGGGAGAAUCCCCGGACUCAGCCGAUCAGUCCCACUAGGGAACGCCAUGGGAAUUGGCCUGCUCUGCAUUGGGGACCCGGGCAGGAAGAAGCGAUGACUUACGGAAGUCAUAGCAAGAGGAAGAGGGACUGGAGGCGCUGGAGCCGCGCGCAUGAACGCAUCGUUCUGGCUGGGGCAUUGGUGCUGAUGGGUGGAUGGUGGGUUUGGAAAGCCGGGAGACUAGGCCGAGGGUUGGAAUUGGAGGGAUAUCUGGAUUGGAACGGGGACGACGACGGAGGAGGAGGAGGGAGAAGUCCAGAGGGUCGUCGUGGUGGUGGACAAGUGAACUGGUCCUCCUUCGCGUACGCAACCUACGCCACCGAUUUGCAAUACCUCUGCUCCGCCCUCAUGCUCUUGGCCUCCCUGUCCGCCCUCGGAACCAGGGCUUCCCUCUUGCUUCUCUAUCCCACCCACUUCGACGCCGACCCGCAAGCGGUCAGAUUCCUCCUGCAGGCGGAAACUUCCUACGGCGUUCACUUGCAGCCCGUCGAAGCACCGAGCGUCCAGACGAAACCUUCUUCUUCCUCUUCCACGACGUGGUCCGCCUCCUUCACAAAACUCCUCGCCGUCAACCAGACCGCCUACCGACGCAUCCUGCUCUUCGACUCCGACGCCACAAUCCUGCAGACGAUGGAUGAACUGUUCCUGCUCCCGGAGACUCCAGUAGCAAUGCCGCGAGCGUAUUGGAAUCAAAUGCCCGAACAGCAGAAGGUCCCGCAGCUCACCUCCGCCCUCACCCUCUUGCAACCUUCCACCGCCGCUUUCCAUCGCAUCCUCGCCGCCAUCGCGGAGCGCAGAGAGACGGACUACGAUAUGGAGAUUUUGAAUUCCCUCUACGGCUCCUCCGCUCUCGUCCUGCCCCAUCGUCCCUAUACCCUCCUCACUGGGGAAUUUCGACUGGAAGACCAUAGCGCGUACAUGGGCGAGGGAAACACGUGGGAUCCGAAAGAGGUUUUGGGAGAGGCGAAGUAUGUGCAUUUCAGUGAUUUUCCGUUACCGAAACCUUGGAUCUCCAUGGCCAUGGUGGAUGCUGGGGUUUUGGAGGCUAUUAGGCCCAAGGGGAAGCGGGAGAGGGAGGUUUGGGAGUGGAUUUAUAGGGAUUUCAGGGGGAGGAGGAAGGUGAGUGAUGGUCCUGCUUUUUGAGUGAGCGAAUGGAUGACUGAUAUUUUGAUUGUAGGAGGUAUGUGGGGGUGACUUUGCGUUUCAUACUUUUGAGAAGAGUGAGGCGAUGGUGCAGGUUGCCUCGCCGAGUGUUCAAGAUGGAAGUACGCGGGUCUCGGACGCUGUUCAGGUGAUGGUGAACACGGUUGUGGCGUAA